CGUCACACAAUUAAUGCAAUGUUUUAAAAUGAUGCAAAUAAAUGAGCGUCGUUGUCCACGUCAUUGCCGACCACAAACUUUCACUGCCAUGCCUUUCCGCCGAACAGCCGCAGCCGCCGUCUACGCCUCCCGAAAUGACCGACGCAUCCUCCGUCCAUUUCCAUGACUCACGGAGUGCGUUCUACCAAUAACCGCGGUCGGAGGCGCAGCUUUUCGAGGUGGGAGGUUCAUCGCAUGGUGCUUUGGAUGAGAGGAAGAGAGGGAUGCUGGAAGGAACCACAAACUCCUCAGGAUUCCUCACUGUGGAGACUGAGCAACUGUCUGUAUCGUGCGAUACUCUUCUCAGUUGCAUGUGUUGGACAGACUGGCUGGAUAGCCGUUUGCCAUAUUUUGUGAAAACGGAAUGUAGCGUAUGUCCGAACUGAGAGGCUCGUUUUGUUUUGAAGGACUCGUGCUACUGGAGACAAGUGUCCACAACAACGUUAGCCCACCGUUUUACGUUUGACAGCUUUUUGCACGUGAGCCUCGGGACGAGAUAAAAAGCACUCUGCAAACACGUGCUGUGUUUGCCAAAUGAGAUGGAUUUGCAAAGCUGUCAGCUAAAACGCUCUUUUGUGUAAGUGCAAUAUUGAAACAAAAAAAGAUCUAACUGAGUCUAACCCUAAUUAAUUACACGUAGGCUAUGCGUGUUUCGGAACUAUAAACAAGCAGGUGUUACGUAUCUACCAAUUUAAUGGAAUACACGGAAGGACUGUGACCGGUUGAAGGAAAUGACUAUAACGAAGACAAUACUAUAAAACAGCGCGCGGAAGUAAAACAGCUGUGGUAUGCAAAGGUUGGGAUAUGACUCGUGGAAGUCGAAGUGCCAAGUGGUUAAUUCUCCCUGUAUCGGAUGUAUGCGGUGACCGUACACCGUAGGCUAUGAGUUAUUUUCCCUGGAACUUUAACACAUAAUGGCAUAUACAUAGAAGUGUGAUUAUUGAAAAGAAAACCAAACUUAUUGAGAACAGGACAACGCACCAGUGCACGUUAAUGUACGAGGCAUUGAUUUGUACGCACGACUGUGUUGGAUAAAACUAUUGUGACCGCAUAUGGAAAUGGUCUGCUGCUCUGUUUAAAAGGAAAUUCCUGAAAGCUCUGCAAGUAAACGAAAGCACUUAAUAUGGAACUGAAUAACUGUAAAGUUGUGUCAUGUGUAUUCUCUUCUGGAAAGUGAUUGCCUGCGCUCGGAUGUACCGCAAAGAGCGCAAGUCAAGGUUACAGAAGUAUGAAUUUAAAACAAAUUUCGGUUUCCAGUGAGCCUUUACAACCCGAAUCAAUGACAAGAGAAAAGGGAACAUGCAAACGAAUCAAGAUAUUUCAUUAGCAAUACGUGAUGUCUUAGAAACGAUGGAGUCAAAUGAUGCAAGUAGUUUUGUCGUCUCUACAAACUGUUGCAGUACUCGCUCAAUGGAAUAGGCGUUUGUACCGACGGAAGUUGUUUUGCUGUUAUUCUGUUUCUUUUCAGGUUUAUUUAGUUCCGAAGACGCCAACUGCUGAAAAUGAUAUCUUGAAAUAAACAAAUUGUCGACAAAAAGUAACUGAUAUGUAAAAUUAAUGAUGCUACAUAACAUGAUGUUGAGCAAUAGUAAAGUCGUUUGAGGACAAAUCAUCUUUAUUCGUCCUCCCGAAGGUGCGAGAUCGACAAGUCUCUUGUGAAGCAGCCACUAAAACCACCAGCAUGCAAAAUUUGGGAUGAGAGUCAGCCUCCUGGGUUGAAAGUGGACCCCCCACCUUCUCCUUCUCCUGCCUCUGUUCCCAUCACCAUCAGCCCCCACUGUCCACAUGCAGGCCAAGAAGAGGUACCUGCUUGUGUCUCUAGGAGCCUGUCUUCUUCUGCUUGUCUACCUGUGGGGACUGCAUAUCGGGGAGUUCCACCACCAGAACCAACACCAGCACCUCUACAGGGUUUCCCAGAGCCAAAUCGCGCUGAGACAGGGCUGGCCCGAGUGGACGGACUCGUUUAACACCUACCUGGAUGGCGGCGAACAGGAGGAGGACGAACCGCACCUCCACCAUCAGCACGUCUCCCCCCGGGAGAGGCGGGAGGUGCGGAACAACAUCUACAAGAGCAGGAGGUGCCGGAUGGAGACGUGCUUCGACCUCAGCCUCUGCCAGCGGGGCUUCAAGGUCUACGUCUACCCCCUGCCAAAGGGCGACACGAUCUCCGAGAGCUACCAGAAGAUCCUGGCGGCUAUCGAAGAGUCCCGCUUCCACACCGCCGACCCCGGCGAGGCGUGCCUGUUCGUGCUGAGCAUCGACACGCUGGACCGGGAUCAGCUUUCCAUUCAGUACAUUCACAACGUCAAGACCAAAAUACAAAGCCUUCCUCUGUGGAACGACGGGAGGAACCACCUUAUUUUCAACCUCUACUCAGGCACUUGGCCAGAUUACACAGAGGAUCUGGGCUUUGAUAUCGGGCAGGCGAUCUUGGCCAAAGCCAGCAUCGAUGUGGAUAAUUUCCGGCCUAACUUUGAUGUGUCCAUUCCGUUGUUUUCGAAAGAUCACCCCCAGAAAGGAGGGGACAAGGGUCAUUUGACGCUCAACAAUGUCCCACCGUCUCGGAAAUAUUUACUGGUUUUCAAAGGGAAGAGAUACCUCACCGGUAUCGGUUCUGAAACCAGAAAUGCUUUAUAUCAUGUUCACAAUGGGGAAGAUAUAAUUCUGUUAACCACCUGCAAGCAUGGGAAAGACUGGGAAAAGCAUAAGGACGCAAGAUGUGACAGGGACAAUGAAGAAUACUCAAAGUUCGACUACCAGGAGCUGCUCCACAACUCCAGCUUCUGCCUGGUGCCCCGGGGGCGUCGGCUCGGCUCCUUCCGAUUCCUGGAGGCUCUGCAGGCGGCCUGCAUUCCAGUGUUGCUCAGCAACGGCUGGGAGUUGCCCUUCUCAGAAGUCAUCGACUGGAGCAAGGCGGCCAUUAUUGGGGACGAGAGGCUCCUGCUGCAGAUUCCCUCGAUUACCAGAUCCGUGGACCAUGACAAAAUAUUGGCUCUUCGGCAGCAGACUCAGUUCCUCUGGGAUGCUUAUUUUUCUUCGGUGGCGAAAAUAGUAUUAACUACAUUAGAGAUAAUCCAUGACCGAAUAUAUUCACACAUAUCAAGAAACAAGCUGAUGUGGAAUUUGCUGCCUGGUGGACUCUAUGUUUUGCCGCAGUUCUCCUCCGACCCUGCAGUGUUUCCAUUUUAUUACUCUACGCUGGGUAAAAGCCCGUCGCAGGAGUUCACCGCGGUCAUCCAGGCUGUGACGCCGCUCCAGUACCAGCUGCAGCCCGUCGUCAAGCUGAUCAUCGCCGUUGCCAAAUCCAAGUUCUGUGCGCAGAUAAUAGUGCUGUGGAAUUGCGACAAGCCCUUACCGCCGAAGAGCAAGUGGCCCUCCACCUCAGUGCCUAUCACAGUCAUCGAGGGAGAAAGGAAGACAAUGAGUGGACGCUUUUUCCCCCACGAUGUUAUCCUCACAGAUGCCGUUCUGAGUCUGGAUGAAGACUCCGUAUUGUCAACCAAUGAGGUUGACUUCGCCUUCAUCGUCUGGCACAGUUUCCCGGACCGGAUUGUGGGCUACCCGGCCCGCAGUCACUACUGGGACAGCGGCAAGGCGCGGUGGGGCUACACCUCCAAGUGGACGAACGAGUACUCCAUGGUGCUCACCGGGGCGGCGUUCUACCACAGGUAUUAUCACUACCUGUACACCCACUACCUGCCGGCGAGCCUUCUCAGCAUGGUGGACCAGAUGGCCAACUGCGAGGACAUCCUGAUGAACUUCCUGGUGUCCGCGGUCACCAAGCUCCCGCCCAUCAAAGUCACCCAGAAGAAGCAGUACAAGGAGACCAUGAUGCAACAGGGGUCCAAGACUUCACGCUGGGCCGACCCGGACCACUUCGCCCAGCGGCAGACCUGCAUGAACACCUUCAGCGGCUGGUUCGGCUUCAUGCCCCUCCUGCACUCCCAGAUGAGGCUGGACCCCGUCCUGUUCAAGGACCAGGUGUCCAUCCUGCGGAAGAAGUACAGGGACAUUGAGAAGCUCUAGGGAGCCCCCCACGCACGGGACCCCCCCCCCCACCCAGGGGGUGCAAUUGGGAGAUGCGCCGGACCCGUUCGGGGGGGUGUAGGCCGCUACCGUCCAUAAUUUAUUAUGAAAUAUGCAACACUCGUGCCAUUUUACAGUGGUGGUGGUCGUAAAAAACUUGUGACCAGUCAGAAUCUGCGGUCCAAGCCUGUUGGAUUCUGUUGUCAUAAAUGUUGUUGGUGAUGGUGGUGAUGAUGAUGAUGAUGACAAAUACUGCUACGUUUCGCAUCCUCUGACAUCACAACGAUUGUCACACUCACAACCUCGUCUGAAAGAAGACUAGCUUGAAGGUCGGGGAAGCUCAGAGCUCCUGACAUUUCCCCAUGUUUCUUGUGGAAAUUUGGAGGGAAACCAGAAAUGGAAUACAGUGGGCCCAUGUGAUCAGGAAAUGGAUCUGUUGCUUUUCAUCCUUUAAUUCCCGGACUUUACAUUUCACCGGUUUGUUUUUCGUUUCUCUACUCUCUUAACAAGCUUUAAAUUGCCAAAAAUACAGUUCUGCUAAAGGAUGUUCAGAUGUAUUGUUUUUCUUUUUUUGUUUGUUCUGUUAUCUCUUUUUUGGGGGGGGGGGGGGUGGGCAGACUAAUGAUUACAUUCCUUUUCCCUGGAUCAAUAUAGCCAUGGUACCGGAGUGGGAUGAAAGAUAAGGAGUGGAGGGAAAAAAAAUCUUUAGGAAGAUUAACUUGCCUGGAGGUGCGUUCAGAUGUUUUCAGAAGAUAUAUGUAGUAUUUGAAAUGUCCAAAUUCAUUUUAAUUUCAGAAGAUUGUUGCACUUUCUUGUGUCCUGCAGAAGAAAAAAAAAAAUUAAUAAAUUAUGCAAAGUUAUACAAACAAUGAUGAACACCUUGUCACAGACCAUCAAAGUAUUCUGUGUGUUUGGGGAUGGUGCAGGCUUUCAUGUUUCCACAGGGUAGAAAUUCAGGCACCGUUACCCUUGAUUUGACCUCCCCGUGGAUAUAGGCAAGGUUUGAAAAUUUACAUAUGUUGAUAGGUUUAUUAAGAGGAUGUACACGAAUCUCGAAGAGAGGAGGUAGUUAGAAUUGGCAGACACCUUGGAUUUCCAUAAAUGAGCUUUCAUUUGCUGCAACAACAACCAAUAACCUGACAGUUGAUUCUCAAGGGGGUGGAGAACUUCUUCUAGAUCUGCUUUCCCCCGUUUCCUUUCAAAGUUUUCUUUAAUAUAACUUUCACAAGUACUGUAUAGUUCAUCCUUUGGCUAAUAUCUUGAGGGAAUUGACCUCCAUGGAUGAGGUGACGUAUUGAUACUGAACAUAUUAAUUUGUUUUAAUAUUUCCAUUUCAAUGGUCAUGUGUUUUAAAAUAGUUUAUCGCUAAAUUUAACAUGCAGUAAAAACAGUCUGUCCUAGUUUUGAAUUUGAAAUAUGUAUAUUUAUUGUGGCUUCUGUUGAUUAAGCUACUAUUUAUACACUUUUACUAGUAACAUUAUUUAAGGUGCUUUAUACUGAAUAACUAUAGUUUAAUAAAUUUACAGUAUUAUUUAUAUUUACUGCUGAUAUUUAAAUGAACAAAAUAACAAUAAAAAUUUAAAAAUAACAUUUUUAAAAUUAUCAGCUAAAGGUUUUAGUUCAUAAGAAUACUUAAUUGUGACUAUCAUCGUUCUUCGGUCAGCCCAAUGUCAUAAACGUAAAAAAGUGCCCAGAAAGUUAACAUCACCAAAGUCUGCUAGUCCUUGCCCACUGUUUCUUUCUAAUGAUGUCAUAAAUGUCUAAUGUCUACAAACCCCCGUGAUCCCAUUGAGCCAAUCACCUGGGACGGGGAGCUUUUUUUUUCCCAGGUGAGAGUUUUUCUUUGCGCUUUACACACUUACAGUGGAGGCCAUUCCCACCUUCGUAGCCGCCUCGCUAAAUAUCGACCGGGUCCACCAGGAAUAGGUUCUCUCCCGCAAGCAGAAUAAACGCUAAAACAAUGCACGCUUUGGAAUGCGUUUUUUUAACCGUCGCGUGUCUGCGUGACAAUUAAGCGUCAAUGAAACAGGGCCACUGGCACUUUGGAGAAAGGUUACACUAUAUAUUUAUUUGAUACUUAUAUAUUAUCCUUUUUUUUUGUGCUCCAGGGAUAUGAAUGAGUCCAUGACCGGUUAUGGUAUUGAUUCAGAUUGAUCCUCGUGAGGCACAGCUGGUUUCAGACCAGCAUAAUUUAUCUGUGCUGAUGCUGGUGCUGUAUGAAAGAUUACAUUUUUUGUUGUGGGGCCAACUGGUAAUUUAAACAUGAUGCAUUUCCAUUGUCCCCAUUGUGGGCAAUAAAGUUUAUUUUAUUUUCA